UUAGGGAGGCUGCAGUGGUCGUCGCCACUCUCCGAGCUUCAUCAUGCCGCCCAAGGAUGAUAAGAAGAAGAAAGAUGCCGGAAAGUCGGCCAAAAAAGACAAAGACCCAGUAAAUAAGUCUGGUGGCAAGGCCAAAAAGAAGAAGUGGUCCAAAGGCAAAGUUCGGGACAAGCUCAACAAUCUAGUCCUGUUUGACAAGGCUACAUACGACAAACUCUGUAAGGAAGUUCCCAACUAUAAACUUAUUACUCCAGCCGUGGUCUCUGAGAGACUGAAGAUUCGUGGUUCCUUGGCCAGGGCAGCCCUUCAGGAGCUCCUUAGUAAAGGGCUUAUCAAGCUGGUUUCAAAGCACAGAGCCCAAGUAAUUUACACCAGAAACACAAAGGGUGGAGAUGCCCCAGCUGCUGGUGAAGAUGCAUGAACAGGUUCAAUCAGCUGUACAUUUGGAAAAAUAAAACUUUAUUAAAU